UCUGGUCGUUUCCAUUCUCUUCAAAAUUCCCACUUCUUCUCUCUGAAUUGAUUUCCAUUACUCUCUUCCUCUGUCGAGAAAAAGCCUGUUCUCUUUCUUCCGUAAUUAGGGCACAAAAACGAUGCCUUUGUUCCUCUCAGACGAGGAGUUCGCGCGGUGCUCCGGCGACAGCGCCACUGUUGCGGCGAAGGCUGACGCCUACAUCCGCAGCCUUCUCCAGGAGCUCGACACGCUCCGCGCCCGGUCACACGCCGCCGAUAUCAACGCCGAGCAGAACUGCUCCCUCGUCGAGCAGAAGUUCCUAACCCUCGCCUCCGACUUCUCCUCCCUCCAGUACCGUGUCUCUGAACUCGAGUCCGAUAUCGAACGGCGAAACCGUGACCUCGUAGACGUACGAUCGCAGAACCACCAAGUCCAGCUCCAAUUGGUUGAGAAGGAUAGGGAGAUAGAGAGGUUGAGGACGGAGGUUAGCGAGGUUCACAAAUCAAAGAGGCAGCUGAUUGAGCUCAAUGAUCAGAAGGAUUUGGAGCUUAGUGAGAAAAACGCUACCAUCAAGAGCUACCUUGAUAAGAUUGUUCAUUUGAGUGAGAAUGCUGCUCAGAAGGAGGCCCGAAUAAGUGAACUUGAAGCAGAGCUGGGAAGGUCUAAGGCUGCUUGUACUCGCUUUGAACAGGAGAAGGAGAUUCUUGAGAGACAGAAUGCUUGGCUUAAUGAUGAGUUGACAGAUAAAGUUAAUAGUUACUUUGAGCUUCGAAAGAAACACACAGAAUUGGACGCUGACAUGUCUUCCAAGCUUGCAGAUGUUGAGAGGCAAUUUAGUGAAUGCUCAAAAUCUCUGCAGUGGAAUAAGGAUAGAGUGAGGGAACUAGAAACACAACUUAUAUCCUUGCAAGAGGAUUUAAUUUCAGCUAAAGAUGCUGCAGCAGCAAAUGAAGAGCGAUUAUCAGCUGAACUUUCCACUGUUAACAAGCUCAAUGAUCUAUAUAAAGAGAGUUCUGAGGAGUGGUCAAGAAAAGCAGCAGAUUUAGAGGGAGUGAUCCAAGCAAUAGAGUCUCAACUAAAGCAAGUUGAAGAUGAUUAUAAAGAGAGAUUGGAGAAGGAAGUAACUUCUAGAAAUCAGGCAGAAAAGGAGGCUGCUGAUUUAAAAGGAAAGCUUGAGAGGCUUGAAGCUGAAAUUGAGGCAAGAAAGAAAACAACUGAGCCAAGUGAUCAUUCACUCAGCACUUUUGCUGCUGAACCGUGGACGGCAUCAAUUGAAGAUGAUAAUAUGGCAGAUGAAAAUAAUUUGCUUGUCCCAAAAAUUCCUGUUGGUGUCUCUGGGACAGCAUUAGCUGCUUCACUCCUGAGAGAUGGAUGGAGUUUGGCUAAAAUGUAUGCAAAAUAUCAAGAAGCUGUUGAUGCACUGAGACAUGAGCAAUUGGGUAGAAAGGAGUCAGAGGCAAUCUUGCAUCGGAUUCUGUAUGAGUUAGAGGAGAAGGCUGAAGCUAUUAUACACGAAAGAGCGGAACAUGAAAAGAUGGUUGAAGCAUACUCCUCAAUGAACCAAAAAUUGCAGAACUCCUUGACUGAAAAUGCUAACUUGGAGAAAAGUAUUCAAGAACUGAAGGCUGACCUUAGAAGGCAUGAACGGGAUUAUAACCUUGCACAGAAAGAAAUUGAUGACCUUCAAAAACAGGUGACAUUACUUCUGAAGGAAUGCCGAGAUAUACAACUUCGUUGUGGAUCCAUUGGGUAUGAUAUUGUUGAAGAUGUUGCAAAUAUAGCUUCAAGGACAAGUAUGGAGACGGAAGCUGAAAAAAUAAUCUCAGAGCACCUUUUAACCUUCAAGGAUAUUAAUGGUCUAGUUGAGCAGAAUGUUCAACUUAGAAGUCUUGUUCGUAGUCUUUCUGGCCAGAUUGAGAAUCAGGAGGUGGAGUUUAAGGAGAGGUUGGAACUAGAGCUGAAAAAACAUUCCGAUGAAGCUGCUGCAAAGGUUGCUGCUGUUCUGCAGAGAGCUGAAGAGCAAGGGCGCAUGAUUGAAUCACUUCAUACAUCAGUUGCCAUGUACAAGAGGUUGUAUGAGGAAGAGCAUAGUAUUCAUUUAUCCCAGACCCAUUCUUCAGAUGCUCAUACAGUUGUCAAAGAUGUCGGUAGAAAUGACCUUGCUGCUUUAAUUGAUAGUUCACAGGAAGUGGCUAAGAGGUCCUUGGAAAAAGCUGCAGAGCGUGUUAGAUGCCUUGAGGAAGAUUUAGCAAAGGCUAGGAGUGAUAUUAUUGUAUUACGAUCAGAACGUGAUAAAAUGGAACUCCAGGCGAAGUUUUCUAAAGAGAGACUCGAUAGUUUUAUGAAAGAGUUUGAACACCAGAAAGCUGAAGCAAAUAGCAUUUUAGCAAGAAAUGUGGAAUUUUCUCAGCUUAUUGUUGAUUACCAACGAAAAUUACGUGAAAGUUCCGGGUCAUUGAAUGCUGCUGAGGAGCUUUCAAGAAGAGUUACUAUGGAGUUCUCUGUUUUAAAGCGUGAAAACGAAGUAUUAUCAAAUGCUGAAAAGAGAGCAUCUGAUGAGGUUCGUAGUUUAUCCGAAAGGGUGCAGCGCCUGCAGGCUAGCCUGGGUACCAUACAAAGUGCUGAGGAAGUUCGAGAGGAGGCAAGAGCUGCAGAGAGGGUAAAACAGGAAGAGUAUAUAAAGAAAUUAGAGAGGGAAUGGGCAGAGGCCAAGAGAGACUUACAAGAAGAGCGGGAAAAUAUGCGGAGACUCAUGCAAGACCGUGAUCAAACCAUAAAGAACACUAUGCGGCAGGUUGAGGAUUUGAGCAAAGAGUUAGCUAAUGCAUUGCGUGCUGUUGCAUCUGCUGAAUCUAGGGCUGCUGUGGCUGAGGCAAAACUCUCUGCCCUUCAAAGAAAAAUGGGCUCCGUUGACGAUAAGGUUUCUGAAAAGGUUGGUGUAAGUGGACUUCCCUCUAGCUCAAGUGAUGAGGUUGAUGGUGAACUACAAACAGCAAAAGCGGAGAUUGAAAAAUUGAAAGAGGAAGCUGAUGCUAUCAAAGCUCACAUGCUACAGUAUAAGAGCAUUGCUGAGGUUAAUGAAGAUGCACUCAAGCGCAUAGAAACUGCGCAUGAGAACUACAAAGUAGAGGCUGAGAAUGAAAAGAAGGCUUUAGAAGCUGAAGUUCAUUCACUUAGAGAGAAGGUGGCAGAGCUUGAAAAUGAAACUAGUCUGAAAUGUGAAGAAGUGGCUUCAGCAAGUGCAGGCAAAGAUCAGGCUCUUGCAUCCGCUUUGGCUGAAAUCACAAAUUUGAAGGAAGAAAUUUUAGCCAAAUGUUCUCAAAUAUCAGCAAUGGAAGUUCAAAUGUCUGGCUUUAAAGAACAGCUGGAUGGGGAGCAUAAGAAGUGGCGUGCUGCUCAAGACAAUUAUGAAAGACAGGUUAUUCUCCAAUCCGAAACAAUUCAAGAGUUGAAAAGCACAUCUGAAGCAUUAGCCAUGCUGCAGGGUGAGGCAUCUGAAUUACGAAAACUAGCUGAUGCUCAGAAAAUUGAAAAUAGUCAACUGAAGGCUAAGUGGGAAGAGGAGAAGACAUUGCUUGAGAAGGCAAGAGAUGACGCUGAGAAGAAAUAUGAUGAAAUAAAUGAGCAGAAUAAAAUACUUCAUAGCCAUCUUGAAGCUAUGCAUAUUCGGAGGGCAGAGAAGGAACGCAAUGCUGCUGGUAUAUCAUCUGGAAGUAGUAGUGCAGAUACAAUUGGUGAUGCUGGUCUUCAAGCUGUGAUGACUUAUCUCCGGAAUUCAAAAGAAAUUUCAGAAACAGAAGUGUCAGCUUUGAAACAGGAAAAGCUGCGGCUACAGUUGCAGCUUGAGGGUGCUUUAAAGGCAGUUGAAUCUGCACAUGCAUCAGUAGAGGCUGAGCGUGCAAAGUCAAAAUCAUGCUUGUCCACUGAAGAGGAGUUUAAAUCAUUGCAACUUCAGGUUAGGGAGAUGAACUUACUUCGUGAGAGCAACAUGCAGCUUAGGGAAGAAAAUAAGCAUAAUUUUGAGGAGUGCCAGAAAUUGCGUGAACUAGCACAUAAAGCAAGAGCUGAGGUUGAAAAUCUAGAGAACCUUCUGAGAGAAAGAGAAAUGGAGUUGGCCCUUUGUAAGAACGAAAUUGAAGGACUAAAAAGGGAGAAAGAUGAUCUCCGUCAUAAGGUUUCUGAGUUGCUUGAAAGGAGUAAAAACAUUGAUAUGGAGGACUAUGAUCGAAGCAAGAAACUUGUUCGAGAUUUGCAGGAAAGACUCAAAGAAAAGGAUUCUAAACUAGACGAAAUGGGGAAAACUCUUUCUGUAAAACAGGAUUCAGUUGCACGUUUGGAGCAAGACCUAUCAAAUUGCAGAGCGGAACUAGUGGAGAGAGAAAAGAGAAUUAAUGACAUUUCACAAUCUGAGGUUAGCCUAAAGCAUGAAGUGGACAGGCAAAAGAAAAUGCUGGGUUCAUUGAAGAACAAGAACGAGUUAUUGUCAAAGGAGGUUCAACAACUUUCAAAGCAAUUAGAUGAAAUCAAACAAGGGAAAAGGUUGACUACUGAUACAACUGGUGAUCAUGCAAUGAAAGAAGAGAAGGACACCAGAAUACAGAUUCUUGAAAAAACAGUGGAGAGACAGCGAGAUGAAUUAAAGAAGGAGAGGGACGAAAAUCGAAUGGAGAAAGCCAGACGAAUUAAGACCGAAAGAGCAAUAAAGGAUUCUUACAGCAAUGUUGAGCAGGAGAAAGCGAAGUUCAUUAAUGAACUUGAGAGGCACAAAGAGGCUCUAAAACGAUUAUCUGAGGAAGUUGAAAAGGUUAAGGAUGUUGGCAGCCUUCCUGAGGGAGCAAAUGCAGUUCAACUUCUUUCUGGAACCAAUGUUGAUGACUUAGCUGCUCCAUAUGUAUCUGCUGUUGAAAGCUUUCAGAAGGAAGCUCAUUCAGUAUUUUCUGAGCUUGUAGACCAUCUGAACCUUGGAGAUGCAACGACAGUUAUGGAUACUUCUGCAGCUGCUACAGCUUCUGUGGUGCAUGCACCAACCUCUAGUGUCGUAUCCUUGCCAGCUGUUGGUGUAAGCGGGUUACCACCUAAAGCCACCACAGAUACUGAUAAAAGACCUACAUUUUCCCGGCCAAGUGCAGAACCCCGUAAAACUGGUAGGAAAUUGGUCAGGCCCCGUCUGGUAAAACCUGAUGAGCCACAAGGUGACACAGAAAUGUCUGAUGCCGAAGGAUCAGGUAAGCCUGGGCCUUCUGAGGGAGAACCUCAAACUGGUUUUGCUCCAUCUCAGCCGGUAGCUCGUAAACGUGUUGCUCCUACCUCUACUUCUGAGUUGCGGGAAGAAUCAGUUGCAGUUGGCGAGAAGAAUUCCGAGACGCCCAUGUUGAAGAAGUCGAAGGGAUCAGAAUCCCCUGGAGAUAGCGGUGAAGAUCAACCUGCUACAACUCCAGAACUUAAUGGAACUAAUCAGGCUUCUGAGGAACUUGAAAGGGGUGAGUUGCCACAAGGUCAAAAUGCUGGAGUCGUUGAAGCUCAAAAUGAAGAUGGCGAAAUACCUGUAGGAAAGGAUGUGGAAGCCAACGAUCCGCAGAACUUGGAUGGUACUAAUCAAGAGGAAUUACAUGAUGACAAGCCCAUUGAUUUAGAGGAGAAUCAGGAUCAAGAAGCUGAAGUGAAAAUGGGGUCAGAUGAUAUGCAAAGGGAUCAGAUUGAGCCAGAAAACCAGCCGUCAUUGUUUGCAGUUGCUGGUGAGAGAGAAGAGGGAGAAUUAUUGCCAGAAACUGGAGAACUUGAGGGUGGUAAUGAGGAAAACCAAGAUUUUCGGGAAGGUCAACCUGAGCCCGUUAGAACGCCUGAGCCUGUUAGAACGCCUGAACCUUCUCCUACUAGGGCUGAUGAUGAAGCUCUUGAGGCAGGAGAGAUCAAUUCUCCUGUGCUUUCAGGUGAUGAUAAAAAUGACGAGGGUGAAUUGACUGAGGAGGCUGGUGAUACUCUAGACAAGGCAUCCGAUGUUAACGAAUCAACAGCAGUUGAGACAUCUGCUGUUGAGAGUGAUCAGGUGGCUGAACCUACUCCCAGUGCAAGUGAGGUUACACCGGCUACUAUUGCUGUAGAAAGUAGCUCCUCAAGAAUUGUUACAAGGCAAGCUACUAUCCAUGGUAGUGCCCCUCCUGAAACAGACGAUGUAAAGCAGACAUCCCCUCUGAACAGUUCAUCAACCACCAUAAAUUUGUUAGAGCGAGCCCGAGAGAGGGCUCAAUUGAGACAGGCUGGAGUAGUUUCCACUGGUGGGAGAGCACGUGGAAGAGUUCUGCGUGGUCGAGGCGUACGAGGUCGCGGACGCAGGCCGCCUACUAGCGAGUCUUGAAUCAACGAAGUAGUGUGUAUGGUUAAAUUAUUUUGACUAUGCACUGCUAUUCUAAACCAUUCAUAGUCUUAAAAAUAGGGCAGUAUAGAGAGAAUCUUAUCUGUAAAUGGGGCUCAGGUUCAGGUUCACGUAAAUGCAAUGGUUUAUCAUGUCUUAAAGGAUAUGUACCCAAAAUAGGAAGCAUGUGUUCCUAUUAAUGGUUACAUUUUGAUAAAUUAGAUUUGAUGACACUAGUAUUUGUUAAUUAUUAGAAUAUAAAAUUUUAAGACCAACUUAGUAUUUUAUAAUGUUUAAAUGAAAAUUUUAUAUGCACCAAUACUUUUUAUAAUUUGAAAAUUGAUUAUUUUCAAAUUUUGAUA